AUGGGAAUCCCCGGCGACGGUAAGCUGAUUGAAUGGCGCAUUCGCGAAGGCGCAACGAUCGAGAAAGAUGAGGCGUGCAUCGUGGUUGAGGAGUCGUGUAGCCAUGAGGUCCAGUUUCGAGGUCUCUGCGCGAUAUGCGGCAAGGAUAUGACGGAGAUGGACUGGUCCUCCGAGAUACCCGAAACCUCACGUGCUACCAUCAACAUGACCCACGACAACACCGGCCUCACCGUCAGCUCGAACCUUGCCGCUAGGGUGGAGCAUGCGACGCAGAGACGCCUGCUAGAACAGCGCAAGCUGAGCCUGGUGGUGGAUCUCGACCAAACAAUUAUACAUGCCUGCAUCGAGCCCACUAUCGGCGAAUGGCAGAGCGACCCGACGAAUCCCAACUACGAGUCUGUUAAGGAUGUCCGAAGUUUUCAACUCGACGACGAUGGCCCGCGCGGACUGGCCAUGGGCUGUUCAUAUUACAUCAAAAUGCGGCCCGGCCUCGCCGAGUUUCUCGAAUCUAUGGCAGACAUGUAUGAGAUGCACGUCUAUACAAUGGGCACCCGUGCCUACGCAAAGAAGAUUGCCGAAAUCAUCGACCCCGACCAAAAGUACUUUGGCAACCGAGUAAUAUCGCGCGACGAAAACGGAAAUAUUGUUUCCAAAAACCUUAAGAGGCUUUUUCCAGUAAGCACCGAUAUGGUGGCCAUCAUUGAUGACAGGUCAGACGUUUGGCCGAGGAACCGGCCAAACCUUGUCAAGGUGACGCCCUACGACUUCUUCAAGGGUAUCGGUGACAUUAAUUCAAGCUUCUUGCCGAAGAGGCAAGAUAUUUUACCUUCUCCGCCCAAGGCACCCAAUGGCGAUGGGUCGCCGCCGACGACAAACAACGCCGAUGCCACUGUGAAUAAGGAGGCUUCCGCGCUUGAUGACCUUGUGAGCAUGAGCAGCGGGCAAGAUAAGGCGCUCCAGCGCCAGCAGGCGGCCGAGCAGGAACGGUCCCUAGAGAAGCAAAUAAAGGAGCGUCCUCUUCUCCACAUGCAGGAGGAGUUGGACAAGGAAGACGAGGUGGCGCACAAGGCGGAGGAUGCCAACGACUCGACGCAGCUGUCAUCUGCUUCAUCCCAGGCAAGGCAUCAUGUCCUUCGCGACGAUGACGAUGAACUCACCCACAUCAGUCGACACUUGACAAAUCUACACAAGGAAUUCUAUCGAAGCUACGACGAAAGGAAACCCACGAGCAAAGACGACCUAUCGUUGGUUCCGGAUGCUGGGUAUAUACUCGACGAGCUCAAGGGGAACGUGCUUAGAGGGUGCGUCAUUGUGCUGUCGGGACUUGUACCGCUGGGCAUCGACGUCCUUCAGUCGGAACUAGGGCUUCAGAUCAUGGGCUUUGGGGCAGACUUGGACACACAAAUCUCGCGACGCGUUACUCAUCUUGUAAUAUCGACCCAAAGGCCGCGAACCGAAAAGUUGCGGCAAGCCGCCAAAAUACCGAGCAUCAAGAUCGUGAACCAGUAUUGGCUCAUCGACUGUCUUAGCCAGUGGAAGGCGCUCGAUGAGACGCCUUAUCUCGUCAGUGUUCAUUCGUCAGAUCGAAAACGGCAAUUGGCGGCUAAGCCGGUAGAAGAACCUGUAUCCGACGCUGACGAGGACGAAAACGGCGAGGGAGGGACGACAUUGACAAUUAUCGAUGAGUCCAACCAAGGCCUUGCAGUAGACUUGGAAGAGGAGGAUGACGGCGACGAUGAAAACGAGGCAUCUGAGGACGACGAGGACCACGGGGACAAUAAACUGAUCAUUGACGUCGACCAUGUGAUGCCGCACCAGCUAGAAGAAGGGUCCACAAGCCCAAUCGAUGGCCUGAAGACGUUUGACUGGGAGGGUGCGGAUGAUGAGCUUGCAGAAUUCUUAGGAAGCGAUGCUAGCGAUUUCGACGAGGAUGAGGAAGAUGGAGAGGGCGGCCUGGACGAUGAGGACGAAGACCAACAGGGAGAGGAUGACAAGUCGGCGGAGCCGUCAUCUGUGCCGACGCCUUCAUCUCAAUCUGGUGUGAAGAGGAAGGCCGGUUCGGACGGUGAGAAGGAGUCUCAGGAUGAGAGCGACGCAAAGCGCCGCCGCCUCACAAACGGAGAGGCCUCAGAAACCACCCCUGCCGAGGACUCAUUACCUUCCCCAAGGAUACGGACAGCAAGAAUGACGGACAGGGGCAGGGGGUUGAAGCAGGGGAGCGCUAUUGAAGAAGAGAGGAGGGGGUCAUUCGAGGAGGAUCUCGAAGCCGACCUGUUAGCAGAGCUGGAGGCCCAGGAGAACGGCUAA